ACUCGUAUUAACAAUAAAAUAUUAAUAAUUUCUUGUUUUGUUUUUUACAAUAAUUUGUUUAUCAAGUUAUCACCACCCCACCUGUGCCUCGAUCCUAGAAAAACUCUGAGAUUUGAAUCAGGAAGUCUCCUCUCCUCAAUCCUCAUUCCUUCCCUUUCUCUCCACUAUUUCUAUCCAACUUUUCCUUCAUUUGCAAUUUCUCCUUUUGCACUCAAAAGUUGAAACCUCUUCAACUUCAUAUCCAUCCCCACAACUCUUUUCUCCUUCAAUUCUUCUAUAUGCCUCAGCUCAGUGUUUAACCAAAAUGCAGCAGCAGAAGCAGUUCUUGCAUGAGCUUCUGAGAGAAGAGCAAGAGCCCUUUCAGCUCAACACUUACAUUGCCGACCGGAGGUGUCAGCUGAAGAAGGCGGUGGUGGUGCCCAAAACCUCCGUUCACCUCAAGAAGUCCUCUGCUACCAAGCGCAGUCUCUGUAAACAUGCGUGUUUCUUCUCCUUCCAAGACUCCUCGCCGGAUGUUCGCAAGUCUCCUCUCACCUUUCCCUCGCCUCUCUCCGGCAAGACGCCGAAUGGGAGGGUGAGGCUUAACGUUCCGGCGAGAACGGCGGCUCUGCUCCUCGACGCGGCCUUGAGGAUUCAGAAGCAACAACAGGGUGAGAAAAAGGGUAGACCCCAGAUCAAGAACGUUGGGUUGGGGCUGUUUGGGUCGAUUCUGAAGCGAUUGAAGGAUCGAAACAGGAACAAAAAGAGGGAGAAUAAGAAGAACGGUGCUGAGGAUCAGAGGAAGUUCAUCAUAGGUUCCGGCAAGGAUGAUGAUAAUAAUGUAGUAAAUGAAGGUGUGGAGGUGAAGGGAAAUGGAGAUGGAAGUAUGGGAGUUUCUUGCUAUAGUAGGCUUAGUAGUGCGGGGUGGUCGGAGAGCAACGAAGAGAAAUCUUUGGAUUUGGAGACUUCCAGUAGUUGCAGGUCGGAAGAAAUCGAGGAGAGAUUGAGCGCCGAUUUCCAAGCCUUUGAAACCCUCUUCUGUUCAAGCCCUCUAAGCCCAUUCAGAUUCUCCCUCGAAAGAUGCGAAUCUCCUGGUCGCCGGACGCCGGACUUCUCUUCUCCGGCGGCUUCCCCGAAUCUCUGCAGACGACAGGAGAAAGAUAAUUAUGAAAAUGGAGAGAUCGAAAAUGGUGAGCAAGAAGAGGAGGAUGAGAAGGAACAAUGCAGUCCAGUGUCGGUAUUGGAUCCUCCAUUUGAGGAUGGGGUGGAGGAGGAGGAGGAGGAGGAGGACGAUGAAGGGCACGAUAGCGAUCUUGAAUGCAGCUAUGCCAUCGUACAAAGGGCACAGCAGCAGCUGUUGUACAAGCUUCGAAGAUUUGAGAAGCUAGCAGAGUUGGAUCCAAUCGAGCUCGAGAAAAUCAUGCUCGAAGGUGAAGAAGAAGAAGAAGACGACUAUGAGGAUAAUGCUGCAGAAUGUGUAGACCACAAGCCCUUUUCAUCAUCUCGCGGUGAUGAUGAAGAUAUCAAGACGUUUGCAAGCAAUGGCAUCAUCCCUUUCGAGAUAAAAAGGCUGGUUUCGGACCUAAUUUCAGAGGAGAAGACAGAGACGAACCGGGAAGUCGUGUGGGGAAGAGUAUGCAAGAGGUUGGAUUCAUGGAAGGAAGCGAAAUCGGACACCAUAGACAUGAUGGUCGAGUUGGACUUGAGAACGGGGUCGUGUGAGUGGAAGAGUUUUCGCGAGCAGGUGGAAGAAACGGCAAUGGAGAUCGAGGUUCAAAUCUUUGGAUCACUGGUGGAUGAAUUCUCAGGAGAGCUCAUCAGUGGAAGGCUGAAUCAAAUUUUGACUUAAUCUACAUAAUAAUAAUAAGAUUAGUUUUUAAUUUGUUACUUAGUUGAAAUGGAGGAUAAAUAAAUUAACAUGCAUUAAGGAGGGAUAUGUUAGGCUAAUUUGUGAGACCAUGGGGGGAGGUUUUAUUGUUGUAGUGACAGGACAUUUCCUCAUGUUGGUGUACCAUGUAUGAAAAGUGAAGUUUAAUCUAUCCUUAGCAUAUAUAAUCAUAUCAUAUGGUUUCUUGAAAA